AAAGCUAGGUUUUGUAUACCAUACAAGCGCGGCAAUAUUCAACCGCAAACAAAACAAAACAUGGAUUCGCCACCUCGCUCAGCCACGCGGCAGCCGCCCGUCCCGGGGCACCACCCGGCGCUCGAGAUGCAGCUGGAAGGCGAAAUGCAACCAAUGGACCCCGACGUCGACAUGGGCUACAACCCGCGCGCCGACUUGCUCGUGCACCAGCACUUCUUCAACGACUUUGGGGACGACUUUGACGACGACGAUAUCAACUAAGUGCUGCGUUUAUUCUCUAAGGUAUCGUAAGCACGCGCCGCCCUCCAUUGCGUCCGUUGUCGUUGGCCUCCAGUACCAGUAGAUCGUGACUCGAAUGGCGAGUGCGAAACGAGGUCUAGUGCUAUUCCUAUUGCGUCUGCGCCAUUCCAAUUGAGCCCCUUCUGUGUUGCUACGCUCGGCAACAGACGUGGCAUUGUCCAGGGGGCUUUGAUUCAGGUAAGUAGAAAUACAUUGCAGAAGACUGGAGGAAGGUCGUUGAUG